AAAAUUGGAUACAAAAAUAACAAUAAAAUAAAAAUUAUCGACCGAUCUAUUCGUAGACAAAGCGAUGAAAGGAUAAAAGUGACGAAAGAAUCUCCGGCUGAAAUCCAUAUCGUGAGAUAUCAGCGGCGACCCAGUACAAACAAUAUCGGACAACUAGUGCGUGUUGAACCAGUGACGCCGCAACACAAAGAAAUUACGCAUAUGAACGAGCGCAAUAGCGACAGACGCGACAGCAUCGAACUGCAGUGCGAGUCAGGAUAGUUGCUAGAAUUACGCAAGAUUCUACAAGCAACGUUGAGGAGGAGACAUUUUCAUCGCGUUUAUGGGCGAUAGAAUUCGAUCACCGAGUAACGGUAAUAAAAGCAUCGUAUCGUUUGACAAUAAAAGAAGUGUGUUAGGCGGGGGGUAAAGCGCAUCGGCAUGAGUGCGUGUUUACGUUCGGUACCAAAACACCAAUGACCUUGAAACUCGUGAUUAUUCGGGGGUCACGUGACGCACGGGACGGCCAGGGAUUGGCAGACCGCGACGCGUACCCUGCGCCCCUGGGAUGCUCGAUAGAUCGUUUCGCAAGAUGAAGUCCGAAUCAAAACCUUUGUUGACAGCUCAGACAGAAAAGGCAAAUCAUUACACUUCUGUGGAUUCGCAUUCCAGAUAUUUGAAGGAAUUCCGCGUGGAACAAUGCCCCCUCUUUAUACAACGCAAAUGCACCCAGCACAGGCCCUUCACCUGCUUCAACUGGCACUUUAUGAACCAGCGGCGACGAAGGCCCGUAAAAAAACGUGAUCGGACCUUCAAUUACAGCGCCGACAAUUACUGCACCAAGUACGAUGAGACAUCCGGCAUUUGUGCCGACGGAGACGAAUGUCCGUUCCUGCACCGUACUGCGGGGGAUACGGAGAGACGGUAUCACCUCCGCUACUACAAAACCUGCAUGUGCGUUCACGACACCGAUUCAAGGGGUUUCUGCGUAAAAAAUGGUCCACACUGCGCGUUUGCACAUGGAAAUCAUGAUCUACGACCGCCGGUAUAUGACAUCAAGGAGAUUCAGGCCCUUGAGAACCCAGAUUCAGAUCCAAACUCGUCGACGAAUGGGCCAAACAUACUGGAUAAAGAAAGGAAUCUCAUGAACGAAGACCCCAAAUGGCAGGACACCAAUUAUGUACUAGGAAAUUACAAGACUGAGCCGUGCAAACGACCGCCUCGGCUCUGCAGGCAAGGCUAUGCCUGCCCGCAGUAUCAUAACAGCAAAGACAAAAGGCGCAGCCCUAGGAAGUACAAGUACAGAUCCACACCAUGUCCAAAUGUUAAACAUGGGGAAGAAUGGGGUGAGCCUGGUAACUGCGAGCAAGGCGAUGCCUGCACUUAUUGCCACACGCGAACAGAGCAGCAGUUUCAUCCGGAAAUAUACAAGUCUACAAAGUGCAACGACGUGCAGCAGGCUGGUUAUUGUCCUCGCGGCGUAUUUUGCGCCUUCGCACACGUUGACCGUGAGUGUAACCUCAUCAAUCUCUUGCCAACAGAAGAAAUGAGCCUCGCGAGGGAUAUGGCCGUGCCUCUUGACGGCACCAACAUCGCCGACCUAAUAAGCAGCGUUCUGACACCCGACAAAAAGCUUCACGACAAGGAUAAACCACCGAGCGAUAGCAGUUUUACCGGGUUUCAGAAUGGCAGUGGGGGAGAUGUCUCGGAAUCUGCUAGCACGACCAGCAGCAUCGGGAGCAAUAGUUCUCACAGCAAGGCGCCGGGUGCUCAACUUCACAAUUCAUCUUCCGCUGCUUCAGCAGCCGCUCAUCAAAAACUCACAAGCAUACUUUACAACUCCUCGUCAAUUCUACAAGCUAGUGAAAUAAGGAAGCAAAUGAUGGCAAUAGAGAGCGAUCCUCUAUUGAACAAAGCUGAAAAAGCUCAGCGCAAACAUAGUCUCUACAUAGCUUUCAAUCUCAAUGGCACACUUGGUAGUCACUCUUUGGGCUCAACUGUAUCUCCUCGCUCAACGUCUUUCUACCCUAGCGAUACAGUUGAAUCUGUUAUCGGCAAUGCACUGGAUGACAUACAUUUAGAUGACCCAUUGAGCUUAGUAGACUCUAUUCAUAGAGAUAGUAAUUCGCCAAUGAGCAAUUCUAUAUCGGCUGGUUUGGCUAGCUCUGGUUUAUUAGGAAGUUCAGCUCCGGUGAAUAUACCUGGAAUGACGGAAAGAUCUGUACUCAGUAAUUUUUCACCAUCCACUUCAAGUCCUCUACAACAAUUACAGUCUGCUGGUUUUCUUACCGGGUCAAGAUUUUCUCAUCAAGAUUCAAUGGAAUCGACCAUGCCUUUCAUGAGCCAAGCUUCGGAUCCGUUCAGCAAUCACAUCUCUCAACUCAGUAGCUCUGCCUCAAAACUCAGCGGAUUUAACAGUAGUUUAUUCGACUUUGCGAAUCAGGGCAUGUCUCCGUCUCGUGCUCAGCCACUCCCAGCUUCACCCUUAGUCAACGCAUUCUCCAUUAGUCCCAGCAAUACAGGCACAUUAUCAGAGCCUCCGUUCGUUGAAUUCGAUCAGGUUCAAAGGCUCCGGGAAGAGCUGACUUCGAGUCGUGCACAACUCGCGACGUGGGACGAGCGCAUAAACCAGGCAAGAGCUGCUUGUACAGCCUGGCAGCUGGAAAGCGAAGAAGCUAAGCGUAAAGCGUCUAUUGCCGAACAACAGAGGGAUGAGAGCAUGGAUUGCUUGCAGGCCUUGUUGCAGGUAAAAGCAUUGAGAGUUGAAAACGAAGCGACCGUGGGUGGACCUUAUCUUCAUGCCCUAAGAAGGACUAGCGAGCUCAGAUCACUGUCCAUAGCGACGCUCAAAUCUCUGCAAUCUCAACUACGAUCUGACCUUGAGGAAGUAGAAAAGGUACUCUAUCUCGAAACUGCAACAAAAUGCAUGGUCUGCGAGGAACAGAACCGAACAGUUACUUUGUCACCAUGCAACCACUACGUUGUGUGUUCGGGUUGUGCACCAAAUCAGCGUGAAUGUCCUUACUGCCAGACACCGGUCGUCUCCACCAGUCAAGCCUGAGCUACAAUUCAUUGAAAUUUUACUAAUGCAUUUAUUAUUUUAAAUCGGUGAAGGAUCUUACUUGUCUUUUACUAAAGAGAGAAAAAAAAAAGCAGCAGUAAUUGGGUAAUUAAUAUACCACGUUAUACCACUCGCAGUUUCAAACCGAAACAAAAACUGAAAUAGGGUUGAAAUAGGAUAGUCGUUGAAAAUGGUAAUAUAUCGAGGGACGCAAGUAUACGGCAAACACGCCUUAAUAAUUGAAAAUCUGAGUUUCUUAUACUUCUCAUUGAUUUUUUAAAUAUCUUUUUUCUUAUAUUAUUAUUAUUAUUUUUUUUUUUUCGUACAACCCGAUUACCUUACCGAUUGAUUAAUUUUGCAUUCCGAUAAUCGCUUCUUUUUUUUCCUUAUAUAUAUAUCAUGCUUUUAUAUCUAACUUGUUCCUUGCAGUUGAUGAAUGAAUAUUACCUCGACAUGUAUAUGUGUGUGUGUGUUAUUUCAUUGAACUAAGUUUUCCACCACAUUCAAAUGUACUAAAAAAAAAGAAAGGUUAGCUAACACCGAGAGUUACUGAUAAUGUAUAUUAUUUUCUGAUUUCAUAUGUUCAAAACCACAGCUAAAAAUAUAAAAAUUGCAGUAUUCAGUUCCUCAUUCACAUGUAACUUUUACUUUUGUACACAGUGUACUCGUGUAAUCGCAAUAAUAGGUAUAUUUGUUUGAUGAAACAGUGUUAAGAAAGAGAAAAAACAGGCUACUGAUACUGGAUGAAUAAGUUUAUAGUGACUAUCAAUGAGAUUUUUUAUUUUUUCAUGACACAAACUUGACAAUUUCGAUUUACCGAUUUUGCAUAGAAGGUCAAAUCCAAAUAAAAUAAUUUCACAUUUUUUUCUCUAUCUAAUCUCGAUAAUUGUAACUUUUGCAAAAAUUUAAGAAAUAAAUUCGUAAUUGCGAGUAUAAUACUAUGAACAAACGGAAAAAAUAUAUAUAUAUAAACUGAUACCGUUGAAAGAAAAGUGCAGAUAUACAAUGUACCUAUGAAUGUUUAAGACAUUUAAUUCAAGCAAGUAAUAACACUAACCUACUGUUAUUUUAUCGCCGCGUUUACAUUUUCAUAUUACGAAAAAGCUUCUAUACGUACAUAUUAUAUAAAUAUAUACAUAAAUGAAAAGAAAAAUAAUAGUACGGAUGCUUUGAGUAGAACAACGGCGUUGAAAUGUUAAAUGUGUACUAAUUAUGGAACUAAAAAUUCAAUUUUAAUAUUGUAUAGACGCAAAGUCGAAAGGGUUAAGCAGCUGUCAAAGACGUUACUUACUUUCGACGAUUAGUGUAUAAAAUAUCUAAAUCCCGGCGAAAUUAUGUGGCGUAAAUUUGGACUUUUGUAGAAAUUAAGGGAACGCGUAUUAGAGUGCUUUAAAAUUUUUCUACAGUGUUUUGAGUUAUGUACAGGUUACAUACCUGUAUGCUGCAAUGAAUACGUAACUAAAGAACGUGUACGAUUUAAUAAUUUACUCUAUAAAUUUUGCUCAUACUGAUAAAAGGGUAUAUACAUACAUACGUAGAUACAUACACGCAUACACUACUAUGUAUACGUAUGCAUGUACAGUUUGUAUAUCGAUUUGUUUCACUUUUUUCCCCGGAACAUCCGAUAUGUCAGCCGUUUCAUAUGAUAUGUUGACUAAAAUAUUGUAUUUACUAUGAAAUAAAUAUGUAUCGUGUUAAGCGAGUAGUUGAGGGAGGCAUACAAGGAGAAUUAGAAAGACGACGAGCAGGACUAGUUUAGGUGGCUAGGAUAGAUAGGCGGUUAUCAAAUUUUUUCUUCAUAGACAAAAAGUAUCAAAAUAAAAUCAACCUUAAAGACUAUUAUUAUUAAUAAUAUUAUUAUUAUUAUCAUUAUUAUUACUACAACUGUUAUUAUCGUCAUCAAUAUUAAUUUUUAUUUAAUAUUAUACUUUUAUAACCGUCGUUGUAAUACCCGCACCGCACAAUAAGCUUACAUGUAUUCAUUCACAAUUUAUAAUUAAAGCAAAGGUUUGAUUAUCACAUAAGCUCACGACGGUAUCUAAUCAUACAUACAUGUGUGCACAUAUGCACGUACAUAUAAUAUGUAUAUUUUUCGAUGCUGAAAUGUGCGAGAGAAGGGUAUUAAACGAGAAUAAAUCUUACUUAAUUAUCUGAAUAUGGAACAUUAUAGAAUCACGAAAAGUUCGCGAUCAAGUUUUCAAUUACGUCUUGUUCUUUCUACACUAUUAGAUAAAAAAGAGCAAAAAAAAAAAAAAUAUUCACUUACCUAUCGCUUAAAGUUAGUAAUAACAUCAUAGAAAACAAUAUAAAAUGAAACAAGCAAAGAAAAUAUGUUGAGGCCAAAAAUGAAAUAUUCUCCUUUUGUUGGUUCAAUUCUUAAAGAUUACAAGUGAAGAAACAAAUAUAAUGUAUACAUAAAAUAUACGAUUACUCUUCUAUGGUAUGGAUGGGCUCGUAUCGUCUAUACUCUAUAGCAUUAUAUUUUUCGUUACAUUUAUAUACGCAUAAUGAAGAGAAAAAAAAGGAAGAAAAAAUAUGCUAUUCAUCAGAUUUUGUAGCUUUCAAUAAUAUUGCGCAUCUCCUAUCAAACAAAUGACCGAAAUUCAUACAUAAACAUUUACUACUAAUAAUAAUAGUGAAAUGCGUUCUAAUAAGAUUUUUCUAGAACAAAAGAAAAAUGCAAAAAAAAAAAAAAAUCAAAAUUUUUUGUUAUAUUUAAUGUAAAACUUAGAAGCUCAGUCGAAUGGCAAUGAAAUUGAGCAAAUUUCCUUGUUAAUCGAUAGCCGUACAUGCCAUAGCUUUUUUUCAAUUACAUACUCCAUAAGAUUAAUCAAUUUAGACCUAGGGUAAUAUAUUUUUCAAUUGUGUUUGUGCAGUAGUGUUCUUAAGCCAAUGACUUGAAAUGAAAAACUAUAUAAAAUAUAUAAAGAAAUAUAUGAAAAACUCUGCUGGUUUUCAAAUAAUGCAGCGUUUAUUACGAUUUUACGAAACAGGUAUGUGUUUACCUUACCAAAAACAGUUCAAUGUGGGUGGGUGUGUUACAAUGUAUCGAGGAUCGAUUGAAUAUUUAGAGAUUUUUCCAAAAAAUUGAAUAGGCGUGCGUGUGGCUGAGGAACACUAUUUCUCUUAGAUUAUUGUGAUCAUAAAUUAGACGAGAAAAAUUGAAUAUUUAAGUUUAAUCUAGAAUCUAACGUUUUACAAAUCGCUGUCUCAUAUAAAAUCGUCUUACAUUAAUCACUGAAGUGAUAUUUAAAAAAUGUGCUGUCUAAAUCCGCCCAAACUUAUUACAAUUCUCUGAUAUUUACGCGAAUAGCAUUUAAGUACGAGACGAAGCAGUAAUCCAAAAUUGAACCCCUUAUUCAACCAAGUUUCGAGUUUGCUUUUGAGUAAUUGUUUUAUGUUUGGGCUGAUUUUAUGGCUUAUUUGAUGUAUAGAUUUAGAAUAUAAAAAGCAUUAAUAUGAAUGGAACUAUUUGAUUCGAGAUUCAAAAAGCAAACAAGCAAGCAGUACAAGAAAAGUUAUUAGGAUCACAUUAAACUGAAUAGAGUGUAGGGUAGGUAUUCCUGAUAAUAUAAUUACGAAUCUUACAAAAUAAUAAAUACAAUAUAUUAUUAUUAUUAUGCUAUUUUACCUAUGAUAAUAAUAAUAUUACAAUUAUAAAAUUAAAUUAUUGUAAAAGUAACAAAUUUAGCUACGAAUAGGGUAAUAGGAGAGUAACAAAAUAAAUGGUUAGCUUAUAUUAUGUAUGAAAAAAAUUGAAUAAUGCAAAACAGUUGAAUAUUUAUACGCUACUUACUGCCCGUGUUGUUGGUUUCGUUGUCAACAAAGCUUUCCAUUAUUUUCUUAUGAAAAAAACUUGAAAGUCAAAAAGGAGAAAAAGAGAACGGAAGGAAGAAAGAAAACUAAAAAGCUUGACUCAAUUUUAGCUUCAAAAUAUUUUUAUUUCUUGCAGAAAAUCUAUAUUCCUGGUACAUUCAAGUAAACAGACAAUUACAAAACGCUUGCAAUUAUUAUCGCGAUUAGAGGUGUUAUUGCAAUAAAUGAAACAACGUCUAAAAGGAUAAAAGAAUGCGAAAAUAAAAUUUUUGAAAUGGUUCAACAACGCACUGAAAGAGAAAUUCUUUUCAAUACAUACUAUCGUCGCUCCAGCGCGAAGAAAACCAACAAUAGGGUAGACUAAAUUGAACAAUAUAUUUUUGACAAAUUACAAUAACGCAGAUAUAAAUGUCAAAGCAACAGCCAUAUGGACGAUUAUUCAUAUAGGUAUACCUUACUCAUGGCUUGAUUAUGGCUAUCUGUAUCACAUUCAUGGCACAUUUUGUGAGACAAUAUUGUAAGCAUUUUACACGUGAAACUAUAUUCUAGUGUCAUUAUUGUCAUCGUUACUCUUAUUAUUGCUGGUAUUACUUCGCUGUCUUUUAUCAUUAUCGACAUUCUCGUGUAUAUCAUUGCACUCGCUAAGAAUAUCGUAAUUAUUUAGUAUCAUCAGAUCUCGGAA